CUGACUGAACCCUUCCCCUCUCUCCCCUCUCUCCCAUCUCUUAACCAUUGGACUAUGAGAUGAGAAAAUUUUCUGAUUCUCUUUCUUUUUUGGUUUCAAAAAUCCUAUCUCUCUCUUACUUUAUCAACAGUGUUUAACUUCAGUUUGCUUGCUCUUUUUCUGGAAAAGGAAAAUCUGAUCGUCUCUGAUCUGAUCUUUUUUCUCUCUUUGGCCAUAUUUUCAUUCCCCAAAUAACUGCAGUCUCGCAACAAUUUCUUGCAGUCUCUCUGCAGCUGCUGCUGCCUGCUGCUGUGUGUGUUCAACUUCAAAACCAAAAGGGCCUCUCCAAAACAAGAAAGAGAGACUACUACUGCUACUUCUAUAUUUUUUCCUUGGUUCAAUUAAUUUUUACCAAUAUUUUCACUCCCAAAAAGGAAAAAAAAAAAAAAAAGAAAACUCUUUUCUCACUUUCACAUAUAUUCUCACGGAAGCCAUGCAAAAUCUUGCAUUUCAUCAUUUCUUGAGUUAUCACAGCCACCAAUAUACCUGAAAGUGAAAAGCUCUUCAUCACUUUUUUUUUUCAAUUAUUCCUCAGCAAAGAUAAAGAAACUGUUCCUUCAGCCUUAAUUAGGUUCAUAUUUCUACUCUCUGAUCAUCCUCAGUUUUUCAAGAAGAUUAAUAUAGAAGAAGGGACUGAAACCCUAAAAAAGGAGCGCAUCAAAACAAGAAGCAAAGAUAACACCAUCAACAAGAAAACCAGCGGCUGUCAAGAUCCUUCAACACCCCAGAAAAAAGAUAAAGAUCAAUCUUCUGUGAUAAUGGACUUGGUUUCCCCACAAAACAACCCAAAUAACUAUCCAAGCCCGAUAGUAGGCUCAAACUCCAUAGCAACUAUAGCUACCAACAACAGCAGCAGCAUCAUCAGCACUGCAGCGCCUACUCCUAGCACUACAACACCACCUCCAUCGACCACUCCAAGCCGCUAUGAGAACCAGAAGCGCAGAGAUUGGAACACUUUUUGCCAAUACCUGAGAAAUCAUAGGCCUCCACUGUCUCUUUCAAUGUGUAGUGGUGCUCAUGUCCUUGAGUUUCUUAGGUACCUUGAUCAAUUUGGCAAGACCAAAGUUCAUAACCAGACUUGCCCUUUCUUUGGCCUCCCUAACCCUCCUGCUCCUUGCCCUUGCCCUCUUAGACAAGCCUGGGGUAGCCUUGAUGCACUCAUUGGUCGACUCCGGGCUGCUUACGAGGAGCAUGGAGGUAGGCCAGAAGGGAACCCUUUUGGAGCUAGAGCUGUCAGGAUUUACUUAAGGGAAGUCAGGGAUUUCCAGGCCAAAGCUAGAGGGGUUAGCUAUGAGAAGAAAAGAAAGAGGCCUAAGCAGAAGGUAGCGCCAUCAGCACAAGCACCAGCUACACUUGCCGUUGCUGAUGCCACUGUUGCAAAAAGUACUAUGUAAAAGAAGGAUAGGGUCCUUUUGCAAUCAGCAAAUUGGUCUGGAUGAUUUGGUUUUAUGGGUAUUGUUUUUAUAAAGGUAUUUCUCUUUGUUUACUUUGAUAUUUCAAUGACUUAGUUGAUAAUGUUAUUUAUAUAUAUAUAUAUGAUGGUAUAAGCCAAUGCCAAUCCUAGUAGAUAUUGUGAUGAUCUCUGUUGUUUUCGUGUAUAAAUAUGAAAUCUAUUCAAAUCAUCUUUCUCUGUC